AUGAGUAAUAAGUUAAGUAUUCCUCUUCGUAAGACCUCCGACAUUGACUUUUCUUGUAGCUUGAAAGACAUUAUCAGGAAGGAGUUUUUUCAAUCUCUGAACCAAUUUGAGAAGGAUGCAACAUAUGUAGGAAAGCUUCGUAGCGAUAUAUCUAAUUUAAGAGACGAAAAUGUUUCAUUGCAAUAUGAAUCAUUAUUGAAAGAAUACUAUUUGCAAUUGGAAGCCAUUGAAGUGAAAUUUCCGGAAGAUUUUGCAGUUUUCCCUUGGUACGGAACUCUUAGCUAUUCGCUACUGGGGCCCUUUGAAUUCCAUUCUAUCCAGGUGGAGAAAAUUAAUAUAGUGUAUCAGUUAGGUGCUAUUUACUCUCAAUUGGGUUUAAAGGAAUCACAAUUCACAACUGAAGGCUUAAAGAAGAGCUGUGUUUACUUUCAGCAAGCUGCGGGAUGCUUUGAUCUCAUUCUGAAGAAGUUGGUGGAGAAUAUUGGCGAUGGUCAUUAUGUUUCGGACUUCAACUCAAAUACAAUAAACUCGAUACGCUAUAUAAUGGAAGCUCAGGCGCAAGAGUCCAUCUGGCAGAAGGCUAUAUCAGACGAAAUGAAGGGGUCUGUAAUAGCGAAACUUGCCAUUAAAGUGGCAGAAUUGUACGAAACGGCAGCCAAGCUUGGUAGCUCUAAAGAUACUGCCUUAACGUUGGAAUGGGUGAACCAUUUGCAUUUGAAAUGUUGUCAUUUCAAGGCUGCAGCUCACUUAAGAAUAGCCUCGAAUAUGCUUGAUUCAUUUGAGUACGGAGAACAGGUAGCACACCUUCGAGCUGCUCAAUCAAUUGUGCUGAUUGGAAAGAAAAACUACACUAAAUAUGUAAGCAAAUUUGUGUUGGAAGACUUCGAAGGUUUGGUAGAAAGCGUCACAUCGACUUUGAGAGUUGCAGAGAAAGACAAUGAUUUGGUUUAUUUGAAACAUGUACCGCUGGUGAAUGAUUUAAAACCUAUUCCCAGUGUUUCCAUGGUCAAGCCCUUACCUCCUAAGGAGUUAACUGAGACGCUAGAAUCCAUUUCAAGUGAGCUUCCCUUCAAGUUGAUGUUCAAGGAUCUACUUCCAUUUAUGAUUAUUCAACUGGCUCAGGCAUACAGAGAAAGACAGGACAAUUUUGUGCAAGACCAAUUGAUCCAACCCAUUGAAGCACUCAAUAACAUGAUCCGCAAAUUUAUAGGCGAGAGAAACUUGCCUGCAUCGAUCGAUUCUAUUCAAAAGCCGGAGAGUAUUCCAGAUUCUAUAGUGCAGCAUUCUCAGGAGAUCAUCUCCUAUGGCGGAAUCGAGUUUGUUGAAUCUUCUUUUAUAGAGCUAGACAAGCUAUGCGAAAAGUCUCAGAAGCUAUAUGAAGGAGGUUUAGAAAGGUUAAAAAUUGAAAAAGAAGAAGACAAUAUCUUGAAGGAAAGAUAUGGAACUCAUAUGUGGAAUAGGUUGUCAUCAGCCGAAGCGUCGAAGAAUUUGAAAGAAAGGUUCAAUAAAAUGGAAUUGUAUCUUAGACAAGCUACCGAAGGCGAUGGAUUCAUUGAGGACAAGUUCCAGCGAUUGAAACCGUACAUUAAACUACUCUGCGGUGGGUAUGAAAGCCUAUCAAAGUAUAUCCCAAAUUCUAAUUAUGUUGAACGUGAUUCGAAAGUAAACCAAAUUAUUGUUGAUUUAAGGAAAAGUGUCAACGAGAUUACCAACUUGAUUGAGAUAAGAAAGCAAUUUAUAUCAUCAAUCGAGAUCAAAUCGAGAGAUAAUAAUAUCCUUCAAAAGAUUAUUUCAGACUACAAAACUCAGCACCAAAGAGGUGGGGGUGGUUUUGAUAAAAUUGAUUCUUAUACCUUUGAACCAACCUUCAAUGCCCACAUAGCUAUGUUUAAUGAAGAUUUGUCAUUUAUCGACAAGACUAAAACUCAGCAACAGGCGUUGGAAUCGGAGAUUGAAAAAUUGAAUUCUAUUUUCAUCGAAGUGGUGGGAUCUAGUCGUGAUACCACCCAAAGUCAAAGACAAAUUGCAUUACAAACUUUAGAGUCUACAUAUGCCAGCUACCUUGAUUUGAUUUCGAAUUUGAGUGAAGGCUGCAAAUUUUACACAGAAUUCAUAUCCAAGGGUAAUGUGGUCUUGAGAGAAUGCGACGAAUAUGUCUACGAGAGGCGUAUCGAAGGCAGAGAUUUGGAAAAGUUAAUUUUAAAUCAGCAGCAACAGUACGAGCGAGAGCAAUACCAACAACAACAAGAACAACAACAAGAAGAAGAAGAACAACAACACCACCACCACCACCACCAGCAAUCAGAGAACCACAAGCUUGAAUCUCCACAGGGUCGCACUCCCCCAAUUCAUAAUGUUAGAAUCGAAACUCCUACACCACGUAGUGACGCAUGGGAUCCCUCUAAAGGUAUCAAAUUUUCCUAA